CUGACAGCAGCCGGACACCGGGGCAGGAGACGCUCCCUCUCCCGGAACUGUGCAGCCGCAGCGGCUCUCUACAUUUCAUCGGCGGGGCUCGGUCCAGCAUGGCGGCUUGCGGAUGGAAAUACUGAUGACAGUCCGAAAGAUCGCCUCGAUUUGUACGAUGGGCGCCAAUGCCUCAGCCUUGGAAAAGGAGAUUGGACCGGAACAGUUUCCCGUUAAUGAACACUACUUCGGAUUGGUCAACUUUGGCAACACGUGCUACUGUAACUCGGUGCUGCAGGCUCUGUACUUCUGUCGGCCGUUCAGGGAGAAGGUGUUGGCGUACAAGGUGCAGCCGCGUCGUAAGGAGUCGCUCCUCACCUGUCUGUCCGACCUCUUCAACAGCAUCGCCACGCAGAAGAAGAAGGUCGGAGUCAUCCCGCCCAAGAAAUUCAUCUCGCGGCUGAGAAAAGAGAACGAGCUGUUUGACAACUACAUGCAGCAGGACGCCCACGAGUUCCUCAACUACCUCCUCAACACCAUCGCAGACCUGCUCCAGGAGGAGAAGAGCCAGGAGCGACAGCAGAAUGGGAAGCUGGUGCAGAACGGAGGGGGAGGAGGAGGAGGAGGAAGUACAGGUGGAGGGGGAGGAAGUGAGGGAGGAGGAGGAGGAGGAGGAGGUGAAGGUGACGGAGGAAAGGAGACGCAGCAGACGUGGGUCCACGAGAUCUUCCAGGGAACACUGACCAACGAGACGCGAUGUCUCAACUGUGAAGCUGUCAGCAGCAAAGACGAGGACUUCCUGGAUCUGUCCGUGGACGUGGAGCAGAACACGUCCAUCACGCACUGUCUGAGGGGCUUCAGCAACACGGAGACACUAUGUAGUGAAUACAAGUACUACUGUGAGCAGUGUCGCAGCAAACAGGAAGCACAGAAGAGGAUGCGGGUGAAGAAGCUCCCGAUGAUCCUCGCCCUCCACCUGAAGCGCUUUAAAUACAUGGACCAGCUGCACCGCUACACCAAACUGUCCUAUCGCGUCGUCUUCCCGCUGGAGCUCCGCCUCUUCAACACGUCCGGGGACGCCACCAACCCCGACCGCAUGUACGACCUGGUGGCCGUGGUCGUGCACUGUGGCAGCGGUCCCAACCGAGGACACUACAUCACCAUCGUCAAGAGCCACGGCUUCUGGCUGCUGUUUGAUGACGACAUCGUAGAGAAAAUCGACGCUCAGGCGAUCGAGGAGUUCUACGGCCUCACAUCGGACAUUUCCAAGAACUCUGAGUCAGGAUACAUCCUGUUCUACCAGUCCAGAGACUGAACCAGCCGCCACUCAAUCCCCCACAGACUGUCACUCAACAGAGGGGGAGGGGCUUACAGCUGCCGCCGGCUCCGCCCACAUAAGUAUCCAGGCUUUAUUCCCUGUAGGCGGAGAUUUGCACUGGAGCGCCCACUCGGAUCGGUCGAGACGUGCGCAGGUCGCAUGGCAGCCUCCUGGAUUACGACCGUUCAAAUCCUCUGAGCCCACACUGCAACGAGCACCUUGACCAAAACAAGAUGGCCGAUUCUGUAACGCCCGCUCUGCACUGUGGCAUCAGCUGGGGACGACGUGAGUAACGCCAAUCCAAGAGGCUGACAUCACCGUGUGCACGCCGGUCCAUCACGGAGGUAAACGCUGCAGGGACUGUGGUGGUGACGCAGAGGGACCAAUCAGGACGAGACACCCGAGGUUGCCAAUCCUCCUCGUCAUGGUUACCGUCGGUGUCAUCAUGUCUUCUUUUAGCGUGCGUGUGAUACUGAGCUCAAUUCGCUUUCCACAGUGACCAUGAAGCUUUUUCCUUCGCUUCACGCUAACACACACAUUCACCCACAAACAAACAUCGUGUCACAACAAAAAAAACCACGGACACGACCGUUUCCUCAUCGUGCAGCGUGAUCGUGUUCUCCGAGCGCAGCUGUUGCUAGUUUGCAGUGUUCAUGAAGCGGUGCUAACAACAUUUAGUGUUAAAACCAGCCGCCGGAGGCGUGUGGAGGCUUCUGACCAGUAACGUCUUUGACUGAAAAUUCAGGCUAGUUUUUCAUUUUGAAUUCAGAAAUACAAUUUAACAAGUUGGUGUAAUUUAACCGUUUAUAUUUUUAUUGAUUAUUUACAGGGUUUGUCCUAUUUUCAUCUUCACUUCCUGUUCCCAGAACUAAAACACGUGCGUUUCAUCACAAUUGUCGCUGCUGCAAUUAUCAAACCGACGACACUCACAAUUUAAUGCUAAGCUGUCGUGCUAGCUGUCGAUGCUAAAGAGAACCACAUGGGAAACAAUCCCGUCUCCUCCUCCUCUUUCCCAUUAACACAAUUUGAUUGGCGGCCGCAUAGAAAGUUGAGAUCUAAUCAACUUCUAGCGUACUUGCGACGCAAUGCACCCACAAUGCAUUGCAGUAGUGCAUGACGUUACCACAACCAGCUGUGUUUCGGUCCUGUGGUUCUAUAAACUUUAAAUCUGAGUUGAAAUCGUUAAACUCCAAAUAUCAACAUUUGGCAAAUGGUGAUAAAAGUAAAACAAAGGAUCCUUAAAGAUCCGGUUUGCUUUCAAAACACAGAAGAAGUGGAAGUAUUCGAGUUACCGGUGUGUCGUGUCAUAUUCGGGGCCACAAACCUCAAAGGAAGAGCGGUCAGCUGGUUAGUUAAACCCUUUGAACCCACAGUCCCUUUCUGCAGUUUGCUUUUUAACUUUCAAAUGUCCGAAUAAGCAGAUUUGUACCAUUUUUAAAGGCCCAAACACAAAGAGACAGAUCCUUUCCUCUCACUUCUGACAGACACUACAUGAAGCCCGUGAAUGUUCAGUGGUUCCCUUUUUUUUUUUUAAAGCUUUACUCAUCGACAGCGAACCCUUAACUCCUCCGUGCACGCACCUCGCUGCAAGCUGGCACCGUGCGUCAGCCGCCAAUCAGCCGCUGGCACAGCUCAGCUCUGGUUUGUGCAGCUGCAGCUCUGACAGCCGCUCGGAUCUUUUUACAUAACAUGUUUUUCCGUCGGUGGCGCUCGCGUGGAGCUCGCCCACAGUCGGUCCCUGACUCGGUAGAUGUGAUGAGACGGCCUCAUGCCUGCGAUUGUGGUUAAAAUGGCUUCCUCUGCUCGGUAUCGGAUCCAAUUCAGCACAAUGGAAACGAGUUGAGGAAGGUCACAGCUUCUGAUUCACCGCUGACUCAUCCUGCCGGUGGGUAAAUAUGAAAGACUGUGACUGAAGUGAAGCUUUUAUCAACCAGUCAGUUAUUGUUAAAACGGCUUCAUUCACGCGUAAAGUUUAGUUUGACUUCAGGAGAAACAGGAGACAUUUUAACCUUUUACUUUACUUUCUCGGUUUCGUCUUGUUCUUUGAAGUUUGUUUUACGUAAAAAAAAAUGUUCUGAUGCCAAUUUUCAAAGUACUGAUCCGAUACCAGUGCGUUUAACGAGGAUAAAAACGUGUUUAACGCACUUUAACAGCUGCGUGGAAGUGAUCAUUACCAUCCCUCCAAACUGAAGUCUUUUUUACUUUACAACUUUACAUGUUAGCUAACUGCGGCUAACGCAACACUAACGCAAAAUCACUUCUUCUUCUUCUUCUUCUUCUUUGCUCUAAAAUCAGUACCUGCUCGUGGCAGAACAGCACAACUGCUGCUUUUGAGUUUUGCGAAGAAGAAGAAGAAGAAGAAGAAGAAGAAGUGAUUUCUGUGGAAAUAAAAUUGCAGUUUUGACUGAAACUAACACUUUGAAGACGUGGUGUCGCACCAGUACGUAUAUUCACUGACUUGCUGUUGUUGGCAUCGGAACAUCUCUAGUUUUACACUGCUGAGCUCACGAGGCUCCACCCGACCGGGCUGUCCUGGUUUAACAAGCGAGCUCCCCCACCCCCUCCUCUGUCACGUAGCUGCAGCAGAUGGAAAGUGAAUGGAGACGCUCUCUCUGCAGCGUUUUAGCUUGUUUAUUUUCCACAGCGGCUGAGUGGCCGGGCAGUGGGUCAAGUAUUAUCUGAAUGUUCACAUGUACAGUAAAAUUAAACCAGGGCUGCCGCUGCUUGACCUGGAAAAACGCAGUUUGGGUUCGUCUCAAGACCCUCAAGUCGCUCUCUCUCCUUCUUAGGCAAGAAACCGAGUGAAUCCGUCGCCCUGAUCCUCUCUGGAGAGUUCGGAUCUACAUCGACAUCACGUCGCCUCGAUUUCCACGGAACUCUGACAGUUCAGUCACCGAGCAGCUUAUUUAAGGUCGUGACAGGAAGAAUGUUCAAAGUAGAAACUCACGGGACGACGGGCAACGUUUGUUCUGACCCAACAAGCCCCCGCGUUUAUUUUGGGUUCGAGGAAACAAACUAAAUUUAGUUCCUGUAGCAAACUACACGUGGGAAAAAAAGUUUCUGCCCAGGAGGAUGGAACUGUUUAGUGCUGUUAAAGUUCACCGACACACUACUUCACAAAUUAGGACAAUACUGGAUACCACCACUCGCAAUGUCCGGAUGAAAGGUGGACGAUUUUAUUAACGUUUAAAAUUAAAUUAAAGUUUUGUGGAAACAGCUUUUACUCUGCACCUGCCUCAUGUUUUUAUCUUUUAACUAAUCCUCUGGUCAGUUUGUAUUUUCACACAAUAAAACUACUUCAUAACUAGUUUAUAUCUAGUUUAGCGACUGAAAUGUUCCAGUUCCAUGCGUCGUAUGAAAGUCCUGGAUCAAAAUCUCCCUCAACUUAAAUCUGAGAGUUCGAAUCGCAGAAGGAGAGCAGGCGACUUCAGACGUCUCGUCCCCCAACUCUUCGCUCACUGGGUCAAGUUCAACACUAUUUUCCUUUUUUCCUGCGCUGCUAUUUUUCGUGAGACGUUUUUUGGGUUUGAUCUACUUUGUUCCUCAAUUUUCUUUUGGACGUCUGCAAAAUAAAGUUGAGUUUUAAACCUUUUUAAAAGGAAAGUUUCCUUCGCUCUCGUGAUGUAAAAGAACAGUAACAAGCACAAAAAGGCCUCAUUGGAGACGAAGUCCACAGAAUUCAGUCGGACGAGGAAAUAAAACCGUUCACGGAAGUCGUCAGCGCCCAAAACAGUAACGUGUUGGUUGAAAUGUUCGCUUUGUCGAAAAAACAAGGCUCUUUUUAUUUAAAUAUUAUUAAUAAUAUGAAUGUUUAUAUUAACUUCUUAUUUUCUUAGAUGUUUCUCUUGUUUUUGAUAUAUUGUACUAAUUUUAACAGUCUACCAUUCUUGCGUAGGCAGCUCCGGAUGUUUUGAGGAUUUAUUUUGUUUCCUGGACGUACGUGACGAGCGGCGUUGACGUGUACAUAAAUACAGAUGUUAUUAUUGGAAUAUAAUUAAUUGCUUGCUGGAAAUAAUCAACUGACCUAGAUGGAAAAUGUUAGUGGAUGUUUUUGUCUCUCCUUUUAAUUCUGGCGGUGAAUGAAUAUGUCUGGGGCUUAAUUAUGAUAAACGAUAAGCCCCACCCGUGUGGCAUCACGAGGAUACUAAAACAAACAGCCCCAGAUAAAACUGAUUGGUCACAGUAUUAUAACGAGAAAGAAGAAGAGACGUUUUAUAAGAAACUGACCGAAAACUGUCAAGUGAAUCACUGUGUUAAAGGAAAAAUCCACUUUAAUAUUAUACAGACUUGUAUUAUGAUUAGUUUGUUCAAUAAUUAAAAGAACUUAAAUUAGUUUAUAGCUGAUUUAUCAAUAGUUACAGCACAGACAUUCCAAAGAUUUGUUUAGAAACAGUAAAAUGUUUAGUCGGAGGUUAAUGACAAAUUUACUUGAAAUGUAAAAUGUCAAAGGGAUUUUUUAUCCAAAUGUUUGUCACAGUUUUUUUCAGCCUCAAAUGUUCAGUAUUCAAAUAUCUGGUUCAAUAACUUUCUUUGCAAAACUUUUCAUACAAAUAGAUUUUGUUAACGACAAUUCUACACAUUAGAAAUUCUAAAUGGUCGAGAAAAACUAUUGUUUCUCGUUAAAAAUAAGUUGUCAUCUGCAAAGAGAGAGAGAAUAUUUCAGUUUUCUCUUGAAUAAAAACAAAAAAUGACAUAAGGGGGAAGUAAAUAUGAGAUGGUUGUAGAAAGGCAUGAUGGGAAAUGUAGUAAAUUGCUCCCUGACGUAGAAACACCAACAUUUAGCCACAAAGUCAUUGAUUUAAAAAAGCCCAGAUGGAUUUUUCCUUUAACAGUUGAACUUUGUUUCCUCUGAAAUGUCUGGACUUCACAUCACUUCCUCUUUUAAAGACGAGAAUGUAAAUGUUUGAAUCGUUGGCUGGUUUCUGAUGGCGUCCAAACUGUUUGAAAUAAAACACAAACUGGUUUUAAA